AUGUUGUCUCCAUCUCAGACAUGGUGUCUGCAGGAGAUGUGUCUCCAUCUCAGACAUGGUGUCUGCAGGAGACGUGUCUCCAUCUCAGACAUGGUGUCUGCAGGAGAUGUGUCUCCAUCUCAGACAUGGUGUCUGCAGGAGAUGUGUCUCCAUCUCAGACAUGGUGUCUGCAGGAGAUGUGUCGCCAUCUCAGUCAUGUGGUCUGCAGGAGAUGUGUCGCCAUCUCAGUCAUGUGGUCUGCAGGAGACGUGUCUCUAUCUCAGUCAUGGUGUCUGCAGGAGAUGUGUCUCCAUCUCAGACAUGGUGUCUGCAGGAGAUGUGUCUCCAUCUCAGACAUGGUGUCUGCAGGAGACGUGGAUGUGUCUCUAUCUCAGUCAUGGUGUCUGCAGGAGAUGUGUCUCCAUCUCAGACAUGGUGUCUGCAGGAGACGUGGAUGUGUCUCUAUCUCAGUCAUGGUGUCUGCAGGAGAUGUGUCUCCAUCUCAGACAUGGUGUCUGCAGGAGAUGUGUCGCCAUCUCAGUCAUGUGGUCUGCAGGAGAUGUGUCGCCAUCUCAGUCAUGUGGUCUGCAGGAGACGUGUCUCUAUCUCAGUCAUGGUGUCUGCAGGAGAUGUGUCUCCAUCUCAGACAUGGUGUCUGCAGGAGAUGUGUCUCCAUCUCAGACAUGGUGUCUGCAGGAGACGUGGAUGUGUCUCUAUCUCAGUCAUGGUGUCUGCAGGAGAUGUGUCUCCAUCUCAGACAUGGUGUCUGCAGGAGACGUGGAUGUGUCUCUAUCUCAGUCAUGGUGUCUGCAGGAGAUGUGUCAUCAUCUCAGACAUGGUGUCUGCAGGAGACGUGGAUGUGUCUCUAUCUCAGUCAUGGUGUCUGCAGGAGAUGUGUCUCCAUCUCAGACAUGGUGUCUGCAGGAGAUGUGUCUCCAUCUCAGACAUGGUGUCUGCAGGAGAUGUGUCGACUUCUCAGACAUGGUGUCUGCAGGAGAUGUGUCUCCAUCUCAGACAUGGUGUCUGCAGGAGAUGUGUCUCCAUCUCAGACAUGGUGUCUGCAGGAGAUGUGUCGACUUCUCAGACAUGGUGUCUGCAGGAGAUGUGUCUCCAUCUCAGACAUGGUGUCUGCAGGAGACGUGGAUGUGUCUCGACUUCUCAGACAUGGUGUACUGAGAAGUUGACCCACAUAGAAAUAAGGUUCCAUGAUAAAACAUUAGGAUUCAGCAUUUGAGACGUGAUGCCUCCAUGUUGACGCUUUGUUUUGGCAUGAUGGAACAUGCUUGUCUCCGUAAGACAAUAUGGAAUGUUGGAGAUAUGUCAAAGAAACCAACAACGCCAUCAACAGUCGGAAUCGACUUGUAAUAUGCAGGUUUAGAUUUCGUCAUUCAUGUAUCAUUCAUUAACAUUGCUAAAGUUUUUAAUCGAUCAUUGAAACAACCAAACUCAAUAUUGAAGUUUGAUAAAAAGAAAUGCAAUGAUUUUAAUGUUUACCACAAGUUUUAUUUAUAUUAAAAAAUAAAUAUUUCAUAAAAUUACAUUCAUUUUUGUUUCUGACUAUUGAUGUUCAACAAGAUUUAUUCUGUGCGAUAGGACGACCAAUGAUCUGAAGUGAUGUUAUUUAAUUUCAUUGAUUUUCUUGAUAAUACAAAUGUUAGACAAAUUUAGAUGGGGGUAAACUAUCUCAAUCUGCCCUGCUAUAAUAAUUGUUUGUUGGAAGUAACGACAGAUUCCUCUUCACAGAUUAAAGAAACAUUGUGCCAAAAUGUAUAUUACAACCGAGACAAUGAUCUGUCACAGCAAAUCAGGCCUAACUUGGUGUGGUUUCAGAUUCCCCGUCUCUCCGAGUUUCAUGUGCCUAUGUAACUGAUAUUUGGGGAGCACUUGAAGGAUACUUGUCUCAACAUAUUUUCAGCUGGUUUUGAAGAAAUUGUUACCAUUUUACAAAACACAUGGCCUACCUAGAAACCGAAAUGUUUAGAUUUGUGAAAUCGGAACCACAUCCUUGUUGGCCUCAUGUAUGUGUUUUUGUAUAUGUUUUGUAUAUAGUGUUGACUGUGCCCAUUGACUAACGUUAUUUAUGUGGAAGUAUAUUCUGCAUGUUCGGGGUUCAGAUUUCUUACUACUUAACCUUGAACUACUUGUAUCAAACUCUGGUUUGCAAGAUUGUCUUUUUAUAUUUGUGUAUGCCUCAUGUGCUUUUAAUACGUAAUAUUAAUGUUGUUUUGUUGUACAUACCUGUAGUUGUUGCCUUGUCCUGCGUCGUUGUUGGUCACUACGCCAGGAGGGGUACAGGGGACAUUAGGAUGCUGGCAGGGUCAGUUUUAGGUUAUUUCCUAAAAAAACCUCCUCUUAUACAAACAUUUUAAACCAAACAGAUAAAUGUUGAAAAAAUGCUUAGCUUCAAUCAAUUUCUUAACAUUGGUCGACUCUAGAUGUGUCCAUGAACCAGGUGUUGGAUUAGCCACAGUAAAUAUCAUCACAUUGUUGAACAGGAAAACGGAGACCUAUGAGUGAAGGAGGGGACUGACUGAUGUGAAUAAGUCGCAGGGUGGCUCCAAUAUGCCGAUGCAAUGUGAAACGUUCCCUCCCCAACAGACGAGAAAUAUCAAUUCUGCCACACACAAUAUAGUUAAAAAUUAAGGGGGACUUAGGUCCUUGAGGUUUUCUCAAGUGGUGUCUGAAUAGUGCCCAGAGAUUGGAUAUUAUCAUGGAGAGAAGAGGUCGGGUAGCCAAGUGGUUAAAGCGUUCGCUUGUCACGCCAAAGACCCGGGUUCAAUUCCCUACAUGGGGACAAUGUGUGAAGCCCAUUUCUGGUGUCCCCCGCAUUGAUAUUGCUGGAAUAGUACUAAGAGUGGUGUAAAACGAUACUCACUCACUCAGGAGAGAAAAGGUUAUCCCCUAAAGCAUGACAACAUUAGGGGGGUCGACAUAAGACUAGCUGACUCUAUCAUGGUCAGUUAUGAAGAAACUAGACAGCAAGUGUUUUCUAUUAAUUGAAUAAUGUUUAUGAUUAAUGUAAUAUAGGUUUAAAACUGACUGAGCUAACUUGAUGUCAACAUUCAUUUAAGACUGAUUUAAAUUACUUGAUGUCAACAUACGUUGAAGACUGACUUAAAUUACUUGAUGUCAACAUACGUUGAAGACUGACUUAAAUUACUUGAUGUCAACAUACGUUGAAGACUGACUUACGUUACUUGAUGUCAACAUACGUUUAAGACUGACUUAAGUUACUUGAUAUCAACUUACGUUGAAGACUGACUUAAGUUACUUGAUGUCAACAUACGUUGAAGACUGACUUAAGUUACUUGAUGUCAACAUACGUUGAAGACUGACUUGAUGUCAAUGAUGUCAUGGAAGUGCUGUCAGCAACUUGUAUACCACCAUAUGCCAUGUAUGCCGCAUCCUAGCUGUCAUGGAAGUGCUGUCAGCAACUUGUAUACCACCAUAUGCCAUGUAUGCCGCAUCCUAGCUGUCAUGGAAGUGCUGUCAGCAACUUGUAUACCACCAUAUGCCAUGUAUGCCGCAUCCUAGCUGUCAUGGAAGUGCUGUCAGCAACUUGUAUACCACCAUAUGCCAUGUAUGCCGCAUCCUAGCUGUCAUGGAAGUGCUGUCAGCAACUUGUAUACCACCAUAUGCCAUGUAUGCCGCAUCCUAGCUGUCAUGGAAGUGCUGUCAGCAACUUGUAUACCACCAUAUGCCAUGUAUGCCGCAUCCUAGCUGUCAUGGAAGUGCUGUCAG